AUGUUCGAGACAAGAGGAAUCCCGUUCGUGGUUCUCGAUAUCGUCUGCCUUGUUUUAGGAGGCCUGCCUCUGGCGGCCUUCAACCUGGGUAAGAUCCGUCCCUACCAGAGGGGCUUUUUCUGUAGCGACGACAGCAUCAAGUACCCUUUCCAUCACAGCACCAUCACCUCCACCGUGCUCUACACGGUGGGCUUCUCGCUGCCCAUUAGCUGCAUGAUAUUCGGCGAGUGCCUGUGUGUGUACCUCAAGCGCCUGCGGUCCAAGUCGUCAUACGGCAGCUACUUGGCACGCGUUUACAAGGCCGUGGGUACCUUCCUCUUUGGUGCCGCCAUGAGCCAGUCGCUCACUGACAUCGCCAAGUACUCAAUCGGCCGCUUGCGACCGCACUUCCUGGACGUGUGCAAGCCCGACUGGAAGGGCAUCAACUGCACAGCUGGCGCCUACGUGGAGGAUUUUACCUGCACCGGAAACCCCAGAAUGGCCAAUGAGGGGAGGUUAUCUUUCUAUUCUGGCCACUCAUCCUUCUCCAUGUACUGCAUGCUCUUCCUGGUACUGUACCUGCAGGCCCGUAUGCAUGCAGAGUGGGCUCGCCUGCUGCGGCCAACCAUCCAGUUCUUCCUGAUCGCCGCCUCUGUGUACACGGGACUGUCGCGCGUCUCUGAUUACAAGCACCACUGGAGUGAUGUGCUCACCGGCCUCCUCCAAGGGGCGCUCAUGGCCAUCCUGGUGGUGUUUUUUGUGUCCGACUUUUUCAAGCAGCCCCUGGAGACCAACAAGGAGACUGACAUGACCCACACCCUUCAGGAGUCCCCCAACAAUGGAAACCACUUUGAGAGCCCAAACUAA